AUGGAAAAGAUAAAUGGGAUACUUUAAAAUACCGUUUAGAAUAACAAGCUAUUUCCCCGCGAAACGCAAAGUGAAAGGAGAUCGUGUAGGUCUGUAGGCCCACAGCCACAGCAGUGCCCUGGAAUGUAAUGAGUUGGACAUUAUCACAUUGAUAAACAAUGAAAAGUACUUUGAAAUCUGGAAACUUUGGACAAGGAUCUUCAUACUACGAUUGUGGGAAUGAUUUGGACCAUGUUGACAAUGGCGAUUGUAUCCCAGGUGAAAAUGAUUCAACAAUUGAACCCGAAGAUUUCUGGAGGCAAAGUUUAAAUGUAAGCAGUCAGAGACUGUUGCCAGCAAAUGCACACCCUCGCACCAUUAUCCAUUUAGAUAUAGACUGUUUCUAUGCUCAAGUUGAAAUGUUACGGAAUCCGGAAUUAAGGAGCAAGCCAUUAGGCAUUCAGCAGAAAAAUAUAAUUGUCACAAGUAACUAUGUGGCAAGAAUGAUGGGUGUUAACAAGUGUAGCUAUGUUACUGAUGCCAUUAAAAAAUGCCCAGAGCUUGUUUUAGUGAGUGGAGAAGACCUUACAAACUAUAGGCAGAUGUCCUAUCAAAUUUCAGAGUUUAUACAGAAAUAUACACCACAAGUUGAGAGACUUGGAUUUGAUGAGAACUUUAUUGAUGUGUCUGAAAUGGUGACAUGGAGAAUUAAAGAUGGCCAGUUUCACAAAAAAUUUAUUGGUCAUGUCUAUGAUUCAAGCUCUCAUCAAGAUGUUUCUCCUGAUUGCUCUUGUGGAUGUUAUCUGAGACUACAGAUUGGAUCUCAGAUAGCAGCAGACAUUCGCGAGGCAUUGGAGAAAGAAUUAGGCAUAACUAGUUGCGCAGGCAUAGCUCACAACAAACUGCUGGCCAAACUGGUUGGGGCUGUCAAGAAACCCAACCAACAGACAACUCUACCUCCUUCUCUGGCUGUCAAGUUGAUUUCUUCUCUCCCUUCUGCCAAUUCCAUUCCAGGUAUUGGAUGGAGCACAAACUGCACUUUGAAAAAUCUUGGAAUUGUUACUGUACAAGACUUACAGAAUGCCGACCACAAGACUUUAGAAUCAGAGUUUGGGACAGCCACUGCAGAUUUUCUUAUCAAAAGUAGCUUUGGUAUUGAUAACUCACCUGUAAUAAAAUACAGCUUACCACAGACACUCAGUGAUGAGGAUUCAUUCAAGUGCUGCAACUCUUACCAAGAUGCAGAGACAAGAGUUAAAUCCCUGCUAACUGCUCUUUUGAAAAGAGUUAUUGAAGAUGGCCGCACACCUCAGACUAUACGCCUAACUGUGAGGCGAAUAAUUGGCCAACAGCCAGCUUCUGAUACUGACAGAUACAACUUAAACAGAAAAAGAGAAAGCAAGCAGUGCCCUAUUCCAUGUAACAUCUUCUCAGGAUCUCAAACCACUGAUUCAAUAGACACCCUGUGUGAUGGUUUAAUGCCAGUGUUGAUGAAUUUAUUCAAGAAAUUGGUGGAUCCUCAUAAGCCAUUUCAUCUGACCUUAAUCAACAUUUGUUUUUCAAAUUUGGGAAAAUUUGUCCAGACAAAAGAAAAAAUCAGCUAUUUUUUUACAAAACAAACUGAAACACAGAAAGACGACAGACCACCCAGUCAAACAGAAGCUGCGUCACAAGUUUCUGUAUCAUCUUGUCAUAAAAAAUCAGGUGGGGCAUUUUCUGAAAAACAUAAUCAAAAGCUAUCUUCUGAACCACCUGUAUCAUUACCAUCAGCAGAGCUGCGAAGUGAAGAAGUCAAAAGUAUUGAUGACAAUCAUGAACUUCUGCUAAGACUCUUGCCAAAAGACAUUGACGUGAACACAGUAACAGAAUUGCCUGAGGAUGUACAGAAGGAAGUACUCGCACAGUAUGGAAUUGGUGUAGAAGAUUGUCUCAAUGGGAAAAAAUACUCGUUACUCUCUAAACCUGAAUCCAGCUCACAUAUACCUGGAAAAGGUGUCACAUCGAGUAAUAAAGAACUUGUGAAAAAAUCAAACAAGAGGUACAGAGAAGGGACAAUAUCUUUUAUGAAACCGAGCCCAGCUACAAAUGAUAAUAAAGUUGAUAUUGAUAACAGGAACAUGUACUCAGAAAAUGCUGAGAGUUGUAGUUCUUGGAGUAAAAAGGAUGUAGAAACAGGCUCAUCAAAGCCAGUGAUAGAAAUGCAUUGUGAUAAAGCCGAAAGAUUUAAAAGCACAACAGAGGAUACUGUUCCAGUCACCACAGAGCAGCCUCACAGUUUAAACUAUUUCAAGGGCUGUAAAGCAGCCCUGCCCAAAGAAAUUGAUGCCUCUGUGUUUUCUGCGCUACCCAGUAGCAUUCAAGGGGAAAUAAUGGCACAUAUUGUUAUGGGGAACAGUCCAAAAACGUCAGGGAAAAAAGCCAAAAUUGAGCAUGACCAAGAUAAAAAUGCAAAGAAAGUAAAAGAAUCCGGCCAAGAAAGUCUAUCUGGCAAGAACACUUUAUUCAAAUACUUUGGUAAAAAAAACUGAUCUCUCUUUUUUCUGUUUUUAAAAAUAAUUUCUAUGUGAUAUUUAUUGACCAGUCUCAAGUAUUGAGACAAAUAUUAAUGUAAAUAAAGAAAUUUUGCUGUAUGUGC